UGAACUCAUGAUAAGUAUUCAGGAAAGAUCCAUUAAAUGGGUCAGAAUAUUUACAGAUGCCUGUGCAGAUGUUAAUGUUAUUGAUGAUUAUGGCAACACAGCAUUGACAUACAUAUCUAAGUCCAACCCUAAACAUAGUGAAAUAUAUUCUCUCUUAACCAUACUGGGGGCCAAAGAUGAUAAUUACAAAAAACUCAAGUCACUAAAUAGAAAUGCAACAGAUGAUCAGCAACGUGAAUCUACCACACAAAUCGAUGCAAUGAAAGCGAAAUGGAAAUUAAAUAUAUCAUAUCAGGCAAGGCAGUCUCUUUAUCAAACUUGUGUGUCAAACAGCCGACAAUACACAUAUACAAUGAAAUGUCUAAUUAACGAUGGAAUCCUGCCUUCAGAGCAAACUAACUUCAUCCUGUUUAAGGAUCCGGAUGACAUCAGUGAGAUUUCAGCUAUCAUUGAACAACUACAUAAUUGUCAUAAAGUAGAGACCAAAAGAAAAGAACAAAAAAGUUAUAAUGAACAUUUAAAUGAGGUAGUAAGAGCAAAAGAGAAAGAGGUAAAUGAAGAACAAAAAGAAAGAAAUGAAGUACAAGAAAAGAAGACAGUACAUAGCAAACUAAACAAACUACAAGAAGACCAAGGUGGACUGCAACAAAUGCAAGUUGAACUGAAAAAAACAUCAGAAAAAUUGGAAAUGCAAAAUGAAGAUCAAUUACAGAGAUCUUUAAACAACGAUACAGAAAGAAACAGCAGUGAAUUGACCCAACAACCUUUGAAAUCUGCUACGAGAAAGACAAGUAAACGAUUAAAACCAUGCCAUCACAACCUGCUGCAAAGGAUUCCUGUUGUGCAGUUCUAUGGUAUGGGGGAUGAUGGAAGCUACAUUAUACAGAUAGUUGAAGGAUGUGUGAACAAAACAUCUGCCUUCAUAAAGCAACAAAUACCAGGGUACCGCUUCAAAUUUGUUCCUUGGAAAAGCAAUGAAUCAUAUGGCCCUCAGUUGCUUGGAUGUGCAGGAGGACCUCUACAUAGCAGGGAACGCAUCAGUGAUGGUGACCCAAAUGAUGAAGUUAAGGUUGACAU